GUGAUAGGUGGCGAGUACCAGGAACGUUUGAUACCGGUACCCUACAGCAAGAGCUCGACAGACCAAGCUAUCCGCGUAGUGAACGCAUUUCGGCAGGGCCUAGACUCGCGAUACGGCGAGCACAGUGGAUUGACCCUUGCGGAGGUACUGCGGAAGCAAUCAUCGCUGAGUAAGCGGCACUCACAGACGAGCAGCAUCGAUUAUGCAGACAACUUGCCAGAUGAAUUGACAAUACCAGAGAUUGAUGUCGAGCGGUUAUCUAGUCACAGUCAUACUGAGACUGCGGUUUAA